AUGACAGACCCACUCGCAAGCCCUCUGACGAAGUAUCAAACAUUUACCACUUUCAAGAACCACUACUGGCAUAACAUCACCUCGAAGCGUACCAAGUCUGGCGAAUUAAUCUACCAAUGUCCAGAUCCAUACUGUAAGGUGUCCUCUAGCAGCGCGGACGUUAUCAGAGAGCAUUUUGAAGCCCACAUUCAGGAGAGCUAUUCAAAGUUAAGUGAUGACGAGAGAACGCAAGUACACCGUAGGCAUUUGUAUACGCCUGCUAGGGUUAUGCUACCCAUAGCUGAACAGAUCGUACACGGCUCGGGGGAUGCGCUUUGUGGUCCACCACAGUUCUUCGACCGGGGAGGGCCCAUUGAUCUCACGAAGACCAGUAUUUCAUCUCAGGAUUCUACAAGCGAACAGCUUAGCGUUCCCAUUGACGUCUCGCAUAAGUUUGAGGACGAGUUCGAAGAAGGAGAAGUCGACGUGCCAGUGCUGGACUAUGCAGACAUGUAUGAGCUUGAAAGAUUCGAAGCUUCUAUGUGUCCUGAGAUGAUGAGCGACCCUUACACUUACGAUACCUAUGACAGUUGA